AUGGCUAACAUAUCUCAUAUUGGAGACAUUGCUGUGCUCUAUGUCAACAAUCUUACAAUAGAUUGGAAAACAUAUUUGUUUACUAUUACUCCUGCUCACCCAGGACCUAUGAACAUAGUCAAGGCUCAGCAGACUCGUCUCACAUUCAAGGCAAUACUCACAUUAUUGCCCAUCCUUUGA